AUGGCCGACGCAGUCGGAGGAGCGACAAUGGCAAACGGCCACCCGAAUGGAGCUCCCAGCAGCUAUGCUGCGAAAUACAACUUGGCCGAUCACUUCAUAGGCGGCAAUGCCUUGCCCAGAGCACCACCGAGCAAAGUCAAGGACUUUGUGACAGCGCAUGACGGACACACGGUCAUCACAAGUGUCCUCAUCGCAAACAACGGUAUUGCUGCCGUCAAGGAGAUCCGAUCAGUGCGGAAAUGGGCCUACGAAACAUUCGGCGAUGAGCGGGCCAUCCAGUUUACUGUCAUGGCCACGCCCGAGGAUUUGGCUKCCAAUGCGGAUUACAUUCGAAUGGCCGAUCAGUACGUGGAGGUUCCCGGAGGUACCAACAACAACAACUACGCCAAUGUCGAGCUCAUUGUCGAUAUCGCCGAGCGUAUGGGUGUGCACGCCGUCUGGGCUGGGUGGGGACACGCCUCAGAAAACCCAAAGCUUCCCGAAUCCCUCGCCGCAUCGCCGAACAAGAUCGUCUUCAUCGGACCUCCCGGUUCGGCCAUGCGAUCCCUCGGUGACAAGAUCUCUUCCACAAUCGUCGCCCAGCACGCAAAAGUGCCCUGUAUACCGUGGUCUGGAACCGGCGUAGAGGAGGUCGAGGUUGAUGACAACAACAUUGUGACGGUCAGGGAUGAUGUCUACGCCAAGGGCUGCGUCACCUCUGUCGAGGAGGGCCUCGAAGCGGCAAAGAAGAUUGGAUUCCCCGUCAUGGUCAAGGCCUCGGAAGGAGGUGGUGGCAAGGGUAUCAGAAAGGUCGACGACGAGCAGUCGUUUGCAGCGUUGUACAAGGCUGCCGCCAGCGAGAUUCCUGGUUCGCCCAUCUUCAUCAUGAAGCUUGCUGGUAACGCCCGGCAUUUGGAAGUCCAGCUUCUUGCUGAUCAGUACGGCAACAACAUUUCCAUCUUCGGUCGUGAUUGUUCCGUUCAGCGAAGACAUCAGAAGAUCAUUGAAGAAGCGCCUGUGACCAUUGCGAGCCAACAGACCUUCCAGAAGAUGGAGAAGGCUGCUGUGUCUCUGGGCAGAUUGGUCGGAUACGUCUCUGCUGGAACCGUUGAAUACCUCUACUCGCACUCGGACGACAAGUUCUACUUUUUGGAGCUGAACCCACGUCUACAGGUCGAGCAUCCUACGACUGAGAUGGUCUCGGGUAUUAACAUUCCCGCAGCACAGCUUCUAGUCGCCAUGGGAUGCCCUCUCCACCGCAUUCGAGACAUUCGCUUGCUCUACGGUGCGGAUCCGCACACUUCCACCGACAUUGACUUCAACUUCGAAAAGGAGGGCAGCGCGUUGCAGCAACGGCGACCAAUGCCCAAAGGCCACUGCACAGCUUGCCGUAUCACUUCGGAAGAUCCUGGCGAGGGAUUCAAGCCGUCCUCUGGUACCAUGCACGAGCUGAACUUCCGAUCCAGCUCAAACGUCUGGGGUUACUUCUCCGUKGGUGCAGCUUCGUCUAUUCACAACUUCUCGGACUCGCAGUUUGGUCACAUUUUCGCAUAUGGCGAGAACCGACAAGCGUCACGAAAGCACAUGGUGGUUGCAUUGAAAGAGCUGAGCAUCCGUGGCGAUUUCAGGACAACGGUCGAGUACUUGAUCAAGCUUUUGGAGACACCAGCUUUCGAGGACAACACCAUCACAACUGGAUGGCUCGAUGAGCUGAUCAGUAAGAAGCUCACGGCUGAGCGCCCUGAUCCCAUGAUUGCGGUGGUUUGCGGUGCUGUGGCUCAGGCGCACACUGCCAGUGAAGCAUGUCUUCAAGAGUACAAGCAGGGCCUUGAGAAGGGUCAAGUCCCCAGCAAGGACAUUCUCAAGACGGUCUUCCCGAUCGAGUUCAUCUACGAAGGCUCAAAGUACAAGUUUACGGCGACCAGAUCCAGCGGAGACAUGUACACCCUCUUCAUCAACGGCAGCAAAGCUCUAGUGGGCAUCCGAGCUCUCUCCGACGGCGGUCUGUUGGUCCUGCUCGGUGGACGUUCUCACAACGUCUACUGGAAGGAAGAGGUUGGUGCGCUCCGCGUCUCGGUCGAUGGCAAGACCUGCCUGCUCGAGGAGGAGAACGACCCAACGCAGCUCCGAACUCCAUCGCCUGGAAAGCUCGUCAAAUUCACAGUCGACAAUGGCGAACACGUCCAGAAGGGCCAGGCUUUCGCAGAGGUGGAGGUCAUGAAGAUGUACAUGCCUCUCAUUGCACAAGAAGACGGUGUAGUGAACCUCAUCAAGCAGCCUGGCGCUACGCUCGAGGCUGGUGACAUUCUUGGAAUUUUGGCGCUAGACGACCCAUCCAAGGUCAAGUCCGCGCAACCUUUCCUUGGAAAGCUCCCCGAGAUGGGUGCUCCAGUUGUGCUCGGAACCAAAGCCCCACAGCGUUUUGCAUUCCUCAGGGGUAUCAUCAUGAACAUUCUGCAGGGUUAUGAUAACCAGGUCAUCAUGAACCAAACCUUGAAGGAGCUCAUUGAGGUCCUGCGCGAUCCUGAGCUGCCUUAUGGAGAGUGGAAUUCCCAGGCUUCGGCAUUGCACUCACGCAUGCCACAAAAGUUGGACGCUGCAUUUGAGCAGCUGGUCGAGCGCGCUCACAGCCGCCACAGUGAAUUCCCCGCGAWGCAAAUUUCCAAGACCUUUGAACGCUUCUUAUCGGACAACGUUUCGGCAGGCGAUGCUGAGCUUCUGCGCUCUGGUCUGGCUCCACUCAUCGACAUUAUCAACAAGUACCAGGAUGGCCUGAAGGCGCACGAGUUCGCGGUCAUCAACGAGUUGUUCGAGGAGUACUACAGAGUGGAGAGCAUUUUCUCUGCUCGUCAGAACCGUGACGAGGAGGUCAUUCUUGCUCUUCGCGACCAGCAGAAAGACAAGGUUGCUCAGGUUGUGCAGAUUGUGUUAUCCCACACAAGGGCCAGUGCGAAGAACAACCUCAUGCUCGCCAUCCUCAACGCGUAUAGACCAAACCAGGCCGGCAUUGGAAACGUAGGAAAAGCCCUGCGCCCUUCGCUGCAAAAGCUUGCGGAGCUUGAGGGUCGCCCAACYGCCAAGGUUGCGCUCAAGGCUCGUGAGCUUCUCAUCCAGUGCGCCAUGCCCUCCCUUGAGGAACGCACAUCGCAGAUGGAGCACAUCUUGCGAUCUGCGGUCCGCGAGUCUCGGUACGGCGAGAGUGGUUGGGACCACCGUGAGCCUGACUUCGAAGUCAUCAAGGAGGUCGUCGACUCCAAGUACACCGUGUUUGAUGUCCUGCCACACUUUUUCGUUCACCAAGAUCCGUGGGUUUCGCUCGCGGCUCUGGAGGUCUACACUCGCCGCGCAUACCGUGCGUACCAGCUUAAGACGAUCGAGUAUCGUACCGACAACGAUGCUCCAUACGUCCUCGUUUGGGACUUCGCCCUUAGAAAGGUCGGAGAGGCAGAGUUUGGUCUUCCAGUCGAGUCGUCUCACCCGUCCUCUGCCCCAGGAACGCCGUCGGAAGGCUUCAGCCGUGUCCACUCUAUCAGUGAUAUGAGCUACAUCUCGCGCCAAGCCGGUGUCGAGCCUAACCGUCGCGGUGCUGUUGUGCCCGUUCCCUUCAUCGAUGAAGCGGACGAGUAUUUGAUGCGGGCUCUGGAAGCCUUCCCCAUCGCAGCUGGCCCAAAGAAAGAUGCUGGGUCUUUGAUGGCUGACCUCUCCUUGAAGCGCGCUCCCACCGCCACCAAGCUACCAAGCGAGGAACUCACUGCCGUCUGCAAUGUCGCUAUCCGCGAUGCUGAGAGCUUAGAUGACAACGAGAUCCUGUCCCGCCUGCUACCAAUCGUCAAAGACUUCAAGGAGGAGAUGCUUUCUCGCCGUGUUCGUCGCCUCACAUUCAUCUGCGGUCACAUGGACGGCACAUAUCCAGGCUACUACACCUUCAGAGGCCCCACCUACGAAGAGGAUAGCAGCAUCCGUCACAUUGAGCCUGCUCUUGCCUUCCAGCUUGAGCUCUCGCGCCUCGCAAAGUUCAACAUCAAGCCAGUCUUCACCGAGAACCGCAGCAUCCACAUGUACGAGGCUGUUGGCAAGAAUGCUGAGACUGACAAGCGCUACUUCACCCGUGCGACUGUUAGACCCGGUCACUUGCGUGACAUCCCGACUGCUGAGUACAUGAUUUCCGAGGCUGACCGACUGAUGAGCGACAUUCUCGAUGCCAUGGAGAUUGUGGGCAACAACAACUCUGACAUGAACCACAUCUUCAUCAACUUUUCGGCCGUCUUCCCGCUCGAGCCGAAGGAGGUCGAAGAAGCCCUGGGACAGUUCCUGGACCGCUUCGGACGUCGUGCAUGGAGACUGCGUGUCACUGGUGCUGAGAUCCGCAUCGUCUGUACUGACCCCAAGACCGGCGCUCCGUUCCCAAUGCGUGUCAUCAUCACCAACACAUCUGGAUUCAUCAUUCAGGUUGAGCUGUACGAAGAGCGCAAGUCGGACAAGAGCAACGAAUGGCUCUUCCACAGCAUUGGAGGCACCRCCAAGAUUGGAUCUAUGCACCUGCGUCCUGUCAACACCCCAUACGAGACCAAGGGCGCACUUCAGCCGAAGAGAUACAAGGCACACAUCAUGGGUACUCAGUACGUCUAUGAUUUCCCAGAACUGUUCCGCCAGGCCAUCGAAAAUGAGUGGAACAAGAUCGGUAGCCAGCACCCAGGCAUGAAGGAGAAGCAGCCUAUCAAGGGAGAGUGCAUCGAGUAUAACGAACUCGUGCUCGACGACUCCGACAACCUGCAGGAGGUCAACCGCGAGCCCGGAGCGAAUGUUAUUGGCAUGGUAGGAUGGAUCGUGACUGCAAAGACCCCAGAAUACCCGCGUGGUCGCCGCUUCAUCAUCAUUUCCAACGACAUCACCCACAAGAUUGGCUCUUUCGGGCCAAACGAAGACAAGUUCUUCCACAAGUGUUCGGAGCUGGCUCGAAAGCUGGGCAUUCCUCGUAUCUACCUCUCCGCCAACUCCGGUGCUCGCAUUGGUAUGGCUGAAGAGUUGAUUCCUCACUUCUCCGUCGCUUGGAAGAAUGAGAACAAGCAAGAGUCUGGCUUCGACUACCUCUACCUCACCCCAGAGAAGAAGGCUCGCUUCGAGGACGGUGCGCUCAAGCAUGUCAUUACCAAGGAGAUUCAGGUCGACGGCGAGACUCGCCACCAGCUCACCACUAUCAUUGGCGCUGAGGACGGUCUCGGUGUUGAGUGUCUGAAGGGCUCCGGUCUCAUCGCCGGCGAGACUUCACGCGCAUACGAGGACAUCUUCACAAUCACCCUCGUCACUUGUCGAUCUGUUGGUAUUGGUGCGUACCUUGUCCGUCUCGGACAGCGUGCCAUUCAGAUCGAGGGACAGCCAAUCAUCCUCACCGGUGCUCCAGCCAUCAACAAGCUUCUGGGUCGCGAGGUGUACACCUCCAACUUGCAGCUCGGUGGCACCCAGAUCAUGUACAAGAACGGAGUCUCUCACCAGACUGCGAAUGAUGACUUUGAGGGUGUCUCGAAGAUUGUGCGCUGGUUGUCUUUCGUCCCCGAGWAGAAGGGUGCUCCAGUACCAAUCGCUCCCUCUGCCGAUUCGUGGGACAGAGACAUCACCUUCUUCCCACCUCAGAAGGCUCCAUAUGAUGUCAGACAUCUCAUCGCUGGUCAAAGUACUGACGAGGGCUUCAAGUCUGGUCUCUUCGACAAGGACUCCUUUGUGGAGACUCUUGGCGGCUGGGCACGAACUGUUGUUGUCGGUCGUGCUCGCCUUGGCGGUAUCCCUGUUGGUGUCAUCUCCGUGGAGACUCGUUCUGUUGAGAACAUCUCGCCUGCUGAUCCAGCCAACCCCGACUCGAUGGAGCAGAUUGUCAACGAGGCAGGUGGCGUUUGGUAUCCCAACAGCGCUUUCAAGACUGCCCAGGCUAUUCGUGACUUCAACAACGGCGAGCAGCUUCCACUCAUGAUCCUCGCCAACUGGAGAGGUUUCUCUGGUGGCCAGCGCGACAUGUACAACGAAGUGCUCAAGUACGGCUCGUACAUUGUCGACGCGCUCGUCAAGUAUGAGCAGCCUGUAUUUGUGUACAUCCCGCCAUUCGGCGAGCUUCGCGGUGGUUCAUGGGUUGUCGUCGAUCCAACCAUUAACCCUCAGUUCAUGGAGAUGUACGCUGAUGAGGAUGCCCGCGGUGGUGUUCUCGAACCAGAGGGUAUCGUCGGUAUCAAAUACCGCAAGGAACGCCAGCUCGAGACCAUGGCUCGCCUCGACCAGACCUACGGCGACCYCAAGCGCCGCUCGUUGGAGAAGGACCUCACACCAGAGCAGCAGCACGAGAUCAAGUCUCAGAUGACUGAGCGUGAGAACUUGCUGCUCCCGGUCUACCUCCAGAUCUCCCUGCAGUACGCUGAUCUCCACGAUCGUGCUGGACGCAUGAAGGCCAAGGACACUAUUCGCAUGCCGCUGAAGUGGUCCAACGCACGUCGCUUCUUCUACUGGCGUCUGCGUCGCCGUCUCAACGAGGAGCAAGUCCUCAAGCGCCUCGCGGUCUCGCAGUCCAAGGAGCUUGUUAGCCGAGGCGCAAACCUCAAGACUUUGGAGUCUUGGUCUGCCCUGGAACAGUACAGCACUGAUGACAAGGCUGUGGCUGUCUGGUUCGAGGAGAACCGUAAGCUCAUAUCCGACAAGAUUGAUGAGAUCAAGACAGAUGCCAUUGCAUAUGAUGUCGCUGCUCUCAUGAGGAGCCACAAGAGUGGUGGUCUGAAGGGUGUCGCGCAGGUGCUGAGCAUGCUGCCCGUUGAGGAGAAGGAGGAGGUACUCAAGUGGCUCCACAGUGCCUAA